AUUCCUCUACCCAAAAAGCGUAAGCCACAAAAUAAAGCAGUUCUUUUCAAGUCUUGAAACGAAUUGACUAGAAGAGAGCCUUUUUCUGACUAUUUACAGUCAGUGUUCUGGUUAGUCCUCCUAAAGCCCUCACCUUCCAUUUUGAGAAAAGUCCCAAAAUAGCUAAAUCAUAAAAAUGUCCGUAUUAAAGUCAUUUAUAUGGACGACAAUUGGAUUUUCAACCUUAGUCGGCCUAUAUAUGUUGUUUCAUGGCAAUGGAGAAGCAUUUGAUUUUGGAAGCUUUCUUCUUCAGACCAGCCCCUAUACCUGGGGCUUACUAGGCAUUGCCAGCUGCGUCGCUUUCGGUAUUAUUGGAGCAGCUUGGGGUAUUUUUAUUUGCGGAAGUUCUAUUUUGGGCGGCGCUGUUAAAGCCCCCCGAAUUAAAACUAAGAACUUGAUCAGCAUCAUUUUCUGCGAAGUUGUAGCCAUCUAUUCCCUGAUUAUAGCCAUUGUUUUCUCUGGCAAGCUAAACGCUGUUAGUGCUUCCCAUCUCUAUACCAAAUCCAAUUAUUACACUGGUUUCGCUAUCUUUUGGGGAGGACUCACGGUUGGUCUCUGCAAUUUAAUAUGUGGUGUUUGCGUUGGUAUUACUGGUAGUAGUGCUGCCCUAGCUGAUGCACAAGAUGCUUCCUUGUUUGUAAAAGUUUUGGUUGUCGAAAUUUUUGGAAGUGUUUUGGGUCUGUUCGGCUUGAUCGUGGGCUUGUUAGUAGGCGGGAAAGCCCUUGACUUUGCCUGAAUCUCUAAAUAAUGUUUUUAUUUCUUAAAUUUCAAGCCCUUCUUCUCUCUCAUGCCUUCCUUGAAUUCAUCCUCAGAGUUUGAACCGCCCGUCCCUUUUUGCACUCCUCUAAUGGCCUUUCUUUUAUAAGUCAUAAUUAAGUUACUUAAGAGAAUGGCCUUGUUUUCGUUGAAUUUUAUUUGUUUUACGAUAAUACUUCUCUGUCUCAGCAUCUAUUUCAAGGCUUAUUCGCUGAGCGGACACAACUCAUAAUUUUAUAGAACAAGUCCCUCAAUAAUUAAAGGUUAAUGAGUCUAAUCCUCAUAAAGCU